CUCCCGUGGGAGGAGGGAUCGCCCCCAGCCAUGGCAGGGGAAGGGCUUGUGCCUGCUUGCACUUGCCACAGGAGCUGGUGGAGAGAGAAGCUUCUCUGAAGUGCUCAGCGGCCAUGGAGAGGAUGCAGCAGAUCGUGGGGCGGGCGAGGGCCGCCUUCAGCUCGGGCCGGAGCCGCCCGCUGGAGUUCAGGAUUCAGCAGCUGAAGGCCCUGGAGAGGAUGGUGCAGGAGAAGGAGAAGGAGAUCCUGGCAGCCCUCAAGGCGGAUCUGAACAAGUGUGGGCCCAACGCCUACAGCCAUGAAAUUCUGGGCGUGCUGGGGGAGCUGGCCCUGACCAUGGAGAAGCUGCCGUCCUGGGCAGCCCCUCAGGCCGUGAAGAAGAACCUGCUGACCCUGAGGGACGAGGCCUACAUCAACUACGAGCCCCUGGGCGUGGUGCUGGUCAUCGGGGCCUGGAACUACCCGUUUGUGCUGGUCAUGCAGCCCCUGAUCGGGGCCAUCGCAGCAGGCAAUGCCGUGGUGGUGAAGCCGUCGGAGGUCAGCGAGAACACGGCUCGGCUGGUGGCCGAGCUCCUCCCACAGUACCUGGACAAGGAUCUGUACCCUGUGGUCACUGGAGGAGUUCCUGAGACAACUGAGCUGCUGACCCAGAGAUUUGAUCACAUCCUCUACACCGGCAACACUGCUGUGGGCAAAAUUGUGAUGGCAGCAGCUGCCAAGCACCUGACCCCUGUCACCCUGGAGCUGGGGGGAAAGAGCCCCUGCUACAUCGACAAGGACUGUGACCUGGCUGUGGCCUGCAGGCGGAUAACGUGGGGCAAGUACAUGAACUGUGGGCAAACCUGCAUCGCCCCAGACUACAUCCUGUGCGACCCCUCCAUCCAGAGCCAGGUGGUGGAGAACAUCAAGGCGACUCUGAAGGAAUUCUAUGGGGAAGAUGUGAAGUCAUCUCCGGACUAUGAAAGGAUUGUCAACCAGCGUCACUUCAAGAGGGUGAAGAGCCUGCUGGAGGGGCAGAAGAUCGCUCAUGGGGGAGAGUCUGAUGAGGCCUCCUGCUUCAUAGCUCCAACCAUCCUCACGGACGUUUCCCCGGAGUCCAAGGUGAUGGAGGAGGAAAUCUUUGGACCAGUGCUGCCCAUUGUGACUGUGAAGAGCGUGGAUGAAGCCAUUGAAUUCAUCAAUUAUCGGGAGAAGCCCCUUGCCCUUUAUGUCUUCUCCAACAACAAGCAGCUGAUCAGACGGGUGAUAGCAGAGACCUCCAGCGGUGGCAUGACAGCCAACGAUGUCAUCAUGCACUCCGUGGUCCCAGGUCUGCCCUUCGGUGGUGUGGGCCACAGCGGGAUGGGCGCCUACCAUGGCAGGUACAGCUUCGAGACCUUCUCCCACCGCCGCGCCUGCCUGAUCAAGGACCUGAGGUGGGAGGCUCUGAACAAACUCAGGUACCCACCUGGCAGCAUGGAGAUGAUGCAUUUGGCCAAGUUCUUCCUCCUGAAGCAGUGUAACAGGAGCAGGGUGGGACAGUUCAUCUCGGCCCUGCUGGCGGCGGUGAAAGCCGUGGUGGCAAAGGUGUUGUGCCCCCAGCGAAAGGUAGACAAUGCACUGAAGAGGUAGAAGACAGAAAAAAAUGCAUCUAUAGCAGAGACACCCCAAGCUAAAGGCUCCAGCUCCUCCUGAAACAGGAAUCUAUCCAGACCUAGGCCGUGGGUCAUGCCUGAGCAGUGAGUAGCCGAUGGAAGGAAACAGCAUCCACCCUGCUUUGUAAACAGUAGCUCCUCUAAAAACUCCUGGGAACGUGGGAGUGUUUGUCACAAGGGUGUCUAAACAAAGCCAGUCGUUACUGA